UCUUCUCCCUUUCGGGGAUUAUCAAAUCACCUUUACAUCGCAUUCUUACACUCUCUAUAAUCACUCUUUCUACACAAAAAUCUUGAUUCCUCUCUUUCAUGCUGCAUUGCAAAUUCACAAUCACAUCACUAUUUACCUUCCUAAGAUUUUGAUUAUCUUCCUCACAAUCGAUUAUAUCACAUAAUCAAUUAUUACCACUGAAUCAGUAUUAAAUUCGCGUGAAUUUGAUUGUUUAUUUGAAAGGGAGCGAAUCAGAAAAUGGCGGCAACUUCAGAAGCUAUGAACCAAUUCGACGAAUCGAUGAAGAAACAAAUCGCAGUAAUUUUGAAGGUUGUGCUUUUGAAUAAAUCCCUAAAAGAGGAUAAUAUUCCAUGCGAAAUUGAUGAGGGUUUAUUUUUGGGUUCGAUUGGUUCUGCGAGGAACAAGGUUGCUUUGAAGAAUGUCAAUGUUACACAUAUUUUGACUGUGGCUGGGAAACAUGCACCUGCACAUCCUGGAGAUUUUGUUUAUAAAGUUAUAGAUGCUGCUGACAAAGAGGAUACCAACUUAAAACAAUACUUCAAUGAGUGUUUUGAAUUUAUCGACGAAGCCAAAAAAAAUGGAGGAUAUGUUUUGGUUCACUGUUUUGCUGGAAGAUCAAGGAGUGUGACUAUCAUUGUGGCAUAUCUGAUGAAGACUCGUGGAAUGAGCUUAUCUGAAGCUCUGCAACAUGUAAAAAACAAAAGACCAAAGGCUGCUCCUAAUCGAGGUUUCGUUCGGCAACUGGAAGAAUUUGAGAAAUCUCUUCAAGGUCAGGCUCUAGUUUGAUAAAGCCUAACUCGGCGUAGUCUAUUCUUACCCAUACUCACUACGUAGUUUUGUACAGGAUCAUAACGGAACUAUCUAGUUAAUAGAUGACAAAAUACACAAAGUAGCGGUGUAUGCAAAAUAGAGAUUUUGUGUACAAGAAUCUGUACGGAGAUAUAUCUCUAGAAUCUGGAGAUGUAUCUCCGGACAUUUUUUUUAGGUAUAGUAGAGGUGUCUCAUUUGUAACGAUUUUGUUGGUAUGAUUUUAGGUCCGUCAGUUAUGGUAAGGCCAUUUUCGAGUUUUUAAAGGUAUGAGUUGCAUCCUGGAAAGAGUAACCCCAUCUUUAAAAUAAAUAUCAUUUUUUGUUCUCCAGAUGAAUUGUGUGAUUUUUAAGUCAUAGAUGGUAAAUGUAGCUCUUUAAUAUUUUUGACUAAUUAUUUUUCCAUUUCUGAAAUCUCCUGGAAACCUCUCGUUUUAACAAAAAUAUAGUUUGGGUACUAAAAUAUGAAGUGUGUUUUUGUAGCUUUUGGCUUCUAGAAUUCAAAUGAGGUCAGAAAUAAAGAAAAAAAAAUCUUGAAAGGUUACAUUAAAAAUUAAUAGUGUAUUUUGAAUUUUACAAUCCAAAUAAGUCAGGGGUAUUCAAAUUGUCUAACUUGAACUGAGACCAGACUCAAGAAAAAAAUUUAUAUCAAAAUCAAUAAUACACAAAUAAAUAUAACAAAAUAUCAUUACAUACAAAAACAUUAACACUUCAUCCAACCAGAAACCCUUUGUCUCCUCAAAUCUUUUCUUUAAAACUUUGUAGAAUUACCUUAUUAGCUGACUUAGCCUGACCAUUUGAUUAAGAAGUUUUGACCGACGUAAAAUUAAGUUUUAUUAUUCCCCAUUCCUUCCUAAAAGUUUCCAUACUUACGCUAGAGAAUUGAGUUCCAUUGUCAGUUAUCAAUACCUAUGGGAGGCCGAACCAAAAUAUGAUCUUUUUUCAAUAAAAUUUUCUAAUCCUUUUUGUUGUUAUUAUUACCACUGGUUCCACCUCGAUCCACUCAUCGAAGUAGUCCCCUGCAGCGAGAAACUUUACCUGGCCUUGAGCUAAAGGAAAAAGGUCCUAAAAUAUUGACCCUCAUUGGAAAAAAGGUCACGGGGAAACCACUAAGCUCAUAUAAUCUGGGGGAGCCUGAUGGAGGUUAGAAAAUCUUUAACAUUUGUCAUAUUUCUUCACAUAUGCGGAGAAAUAUUCCUUCAUUGUUGGUCAAUAAUAACCUGUUCUAAGAACCUUUGAGGCCAAAGCUUGGUCCCCAAUGUGAGUUCCACCUACCCCUCACGUACCUCAACUAUCACAUAUUUAGACUGAUUAGGAGCCAAACACCUCAAAAGUGGGAUUGAUAGCCCUCUUUGAAAAAGUUGAUCUGUAAUGGUAAUGAACUUGGUCGUUUUCUUCUUGAUCUUUAACACUGCAUCGACUUCCUCCAGUAGCUUGUUUUCUUUUAGAUACCGUAUAAUCUCUCCCAUCCACAAAUCAAAUUCUUCUGUAAUGAACAAAGAUUCCUCUUGGUCUAUACUUGGUUGUGCCAAAGUUUCUUGAAUCACCGAUCAAUUAUUUCUUGGCCUCUUGGUGGUAGCCAAUUUAGCCAACAAACAUGUUUUACCAUUAUGGACCCUAGGCACGUGUGUUAAACAAAAAAUUUAAAAUUUUUCGAUUAACUUGGAGACUUUUUAAAGAUAUUUCAAAACUUAAGAAUCCUUGGUUUGAAAACUUCCAGUAACUUGUUUGGUGACUAGUUGGGAAUCGCUUCGCACUUCGAGCUCAUUAACCCCUACUUCAACUGUUAUAUGAAUACCUGCUAUUAAGGCCUCAUAAUCAAAUUGAUUGUUACUUGUUUUAAAUUCAAAUCUUUAUGAUUUUUCAAUCAGGACACCAUAUGGCGUCUCCAAUGUUACUUCUGCUGCUCCACUUACUUUUAGAUUAGAAGAACCAUCAAUAGAUAGUAUUCACACCCCUUUUCACCGCCGUCAUUUCCACAACAAAAUUUGUCAAAGCAUUUGCCUUUAUUGCUCCUCUUGGCUCAAAUAUAAUAUCAAACUUAGAUAACUCUACCAAACAGGCUACCGUCUAUCCUGCAAGAUCUGGCUUUUGCAACUCAUGUUGAUUGGGUUGAUCAGUCUCAAUUAUUAUGGUGUGAGUUUGGAAGUAAGGUUUCAAUAGGAAAACCCUAAGAGGAACUUUGUUUUGAAGAGGUUUUUGGUUUUGCUCAUCAAAGUGAAAACUUAAAAUAACAUUAAUGUACAGGCUGAGCUAAAUACGUCAAACACUUGAGCUUGAGUUAGACUUGUCCUACGUGACAUGGUCACAACCGUUGAAAUAGAUUUUCCAGCAUGGAUGUUUACAUCUUAUGAGCUAAUGGUUUGAUAGAAUAGAACUUCUUUUCUACGAGACUGAUCACUGAUCUAUCUAUUUAUAAUGAGAUGGUUUCAACUAGAUAACUAACCCAUAGUCUCUGUUAAAAGUCCACAUGUGAUAAUAUAUGGCCUGAACAUGUCCUUAUAAGUGGGGGCAAUCCUCACCCUACAAGUCGGUUUUGUAGGGAUAAGUUAGGUCAAACCACAUUUCUUAACAUGAUAUCAAGAGCCUCGUUUAAAGAUCCGGUGGGCCACCUUCUAUAGUUUCCGCUAUCGGGCCACCCACCAUUUAUUUCCACGCUCCAGUUGUCUAGUCUUGGACGUGAGGGGGUGUGUUAAGAGUCCCACAUGUGAUAAUAUAUGACCUGAACAUGUCUUUAUAAGUGGAGACAAUCCUCACCCUACAAGUCGAUUUUGUAGGAAUGAGUUAGGCCCAACCACACUUCUUAACAGUCUCUAAGAGAAUUUAUUGUUGCACUUUGUCGGCAGUAGCUUCUUCCUUCAACUUGUUGUCUUUCAAAUAUGUCUUCCUUUAGCGCAUGCUUCAUAACUAACUUGCUUAUUCUUUUCGAGUUUUGUUUAUAUCUCACUCGAACUGAUCUUCUAAUCUUUAAAUUUUGAGUAUAAAAUAUCAAGACUUUACUUACAUGACUUUUAUUAUAUUUUUAUUUCAUAUAAAUGAUGAUUUUAUUCUUGAUGGUUUUUUUUUAAUUGGAGAAAAAUAUAUUAAAACAAAAGGAGGAAAAACAAUAACACAAGGGGGACCAAACCGAAACCCCUUAGGCAAGAAGUCUAAGAUUAGGGGUGUCAUCCUUGUCAAGCAAGAAUUCCCUAAUAAUAUUUGGAUAAACAUGAGAGAACCAAGAAAAAUUCUUAAGUCUAAUGCCUAAACUAGCCAUGAGAUCUGCACAAAAAUUGGCUUCUCUAUAUAUGUGUGUGAUCAUGAAAUCCAUAUUAAGCGUGAAAGCACGACACUUGAGCCAACGAGACUUGAUAUUCCACGACACCAGAUUAGAGUUAGAAAACGCAUUCACAACCGUAAUACAAUCCGAUUCCAGCCAAAGCUUAUUCCACCCAAACUCCGAAGCCUUCUCAAUAGCUACCUUAACGGCACAAAAUUCUGCAAAAUCCGCUUUCCCUUCACCCAAAAAAGCACAAAAGCUGUCACAAUGAUCACCCUUGUAAUCUCUAAAAAUACCCCCGCAAGAACUAAUCGAUGGACAUCCUGUGGCCGCACCAUCAAUAUUCCCUUUAAUCCAUCCCAAAGGAGGCGGCGACCAAAAGACUUCCAUGGAACGAAUAGAGCGAGACGGAUUAAUAGCAAUGCCAAAACCAUUUAGAAGAGUGAAAUUGGCCAUGGAAGAAUUAGAAGAUUUCUUGGUGAUAUUUCCCACAAGCUUGGCAAGAGCACUGAUAUGAACAGUGCAAGAUCUCCAAUGAGUAGUUAUAUCUUCAAACCUGGAUAGAUUCCUAGCCUUCCAAACUUGCACGAAAACAUUGACAAUACAAGCCGUAAUGACAACCGCUGCUUGAGGAGAACAACACCCAGCAACCGCAGCAUAACAGUCUUAAAUGGAAAAGAAGAGAUAUUGAAUAUUCAGCAUACCUUUCAACCAAGAUCAAAUCUAACGGACAAAGCGGCACUCGAAAAAAAUAUGUUGAGAGGUUUCUUGAUGCGCAAAGCAGAGAUUGCAAACUGAUGGAAAAGAGAAACCGCACAACUUCAGAUUCUCGUCAGUGGGAAUCUUAUUGUUAAUCAAUCUCCAAACCAUCAUAGAAUUCGAAGGAGGAAUAUUAGGAUUCCAAUAGAAAAGCUUCCAUAGCGCCACAACCGAGGACGGAGAAACAAAUUUGUAGGCCUCUUUGAUACUCAAAAGCCCACUGUCAGUUCCUGUUCAAAUCAAAUCGUCCUCCGCCUCCACCAGUGGAAGAGAUAUCACAAAAAUUCUGAACAACAGACUCGGUAAAGCUAUUGUGACAUUGUUAUGAAACUUCCAACUUGAAUUUUCCACAUGGUCACGCAGUUUCGAGGUUAGCUUACCGUGGAAUUGAGAUGGAAUAUUAAAAAUAUUCACCAAAGAAUCCCCGAGCCAAUUGUCAAGCCAAAAGUAAGCACUCUUACCGUUUCCAAUAAUCCAUUGUGUAUUGUCCAUAACAGUUUCAAUAGUUUCCUUGAUACUACUCCAAAUAGAAGAUUUUAUUGAAUAUUUUAUGUAACAGUUAGCCCUUCGAACUCUGGCAGCUAACACUCUAGCCCAGUCUUGCUUAUUCCUCAAGAAAGUCCAACACUGAUGAAUCGUUGUAGCCGCAUUGAAGCUUCUAAGAGAUUUAAUACCAAGGCCUCCGUCUUUAAUGUUUCUACAGCAAGUUUUCCAAGCUACCGUGACCAACUUUUUCUUCUCUAAAUUACCGCUCCAAAUAAAAUUCCGCAUCCACUUUUCAAUGCAUUUGAUCGUGCUAGCCGGCCAAUUAUGCAUUGCCAUACAAUGAACCAACAUACUUUGAAUAACAGAUUUCACAAGUUGAACUCUUCCCGCCAUGGAUAAAAGGCUAGCUUUCCACAUCGCAAGCUUGAUUCGGACCCUGUCCGCCACGAAUUGGAAAUGAACACCUUUAGGCAUGCCCACGAAAAUAGGAGCCCCCAAAUAAAUGAAAGGAGGAUACGCGAUGGUAAACCCCAAGAGAAGAUCCAGUCUUUGAUGUCUGGUUGUGGACAUCCCCCCUGCAAAAAUCAGAGAUUUCACUUUAUUACAAAACUGACCCGAAUAUCUGGCAUAAUCAUUAAGAAUUUUAGCAAUAGUAGUUAGAGAUUUUUGGUCUCCUCGACAAAAUAUCAUUAUGUCGUCAGCAUACAAGGUGUGGGAAGGGAAGAAACAGUACUUGGAAGCCUUAAUAAGGUUAGUUUGAUUCUCCGUCACUAACUUGGUGAUACCCCUGCUAAGAACCUCCUCUGCCAAACAAAAAAGCAAAGGAGAUAGGGGAUCCCCUUGCCUAACGCCAUUAGAGCACUUGAAGUAACCAACCUGAUUGCCAUUAAGACUGAUAGAAAGAUGCGCAAAAUUCAAAAUAACUAAAAUCCAAUUACAAAAACGAUCGUUGAAACCAAAAGCUUGAAGAGUUUUAAUAAUGAAAGGCCAACUUAGCGUGUCAAAGGCCUUAGAAAUGUCAAUCUUAAGGACAGCAUUCCCACUACAGCUCCUAUUAUUGAGCAGAUUGAUCGCCUCAGAAGCAAGGCAGAUACAAUCUCUAAUAUUCCUACCAUUAAUAAACCCUUUUUGCUCUGGAGAAAUUAACGCGGGAAGGAUAUCAGAUAGCCUAUCAGCAAUAAUUUUGGUAAUCAUCUUGUGUUUUACAUUGGCAAGAGCAAUGGGUCUGAACUGAUGUAAAGAACUAGCAGCAGUAAUUUUAGGAAUCAGAACAAUGGUGUUAGUGUUAUAGUUUGGAGGUAUCCAGCCCUGCAAAAAGAAGGAGCAAACAGGGUUAACGCCGUCUAUUUUGAUGAUACCCCAUUAUUUUUGGAAAAAGUAAGCACCAAAACCAUUCGGGCCCGGAGCAAAAUUCGCAUCCAGCUUUAGGACAAUGUUAUGAAUUUUAUCUGCAGAAGGUAACAUGGUAAGAAGAGAAUUGGUGCUAUCAUCCACUAAUGUGGGAAUGAUGUCUUUAAUCAUGUCUGAAUCCUGCAAAUCAGCAUUACUAUUAAACAGAUUAGCGAAAUGAGAUUCAACGUGCUUUUCUAAAAUAGUUUUGUCAGUAAUAAUAUUGCCAUCUAUAUUUAAAGCAGAUAUGAGUUUGGUUUUCCUUUUAAUUUUGGCAUAUUGAUGAAAAAACGAAUAUUACGAUCACCAGCUGUGUGCCAAUUUAUUCUAGAUUUUCCUUCCAAAAAGCUUCCUCUAGGUUAAGUGCAACCUCAAGGUCAUGUUGCGCUUUCACUUCUUUGGAAUGCAGCAAGUCGUUAUACCCGUUCAUAUCAAUGUUCUCCUGAAUAUCCUUCAGCGCAUCUUCAGCAACAUCAACUUUGCUUUGCACCUUACCAAAAGUGUUGAUAUUCCAGUGUUUUAAUUUUUCUUCAAAAUCCUCAACUUUCGAUCAAGAAUAUACAUCGGGCAGCCUGAAAUGUUAGUAUUCCAAGCAUUUUUUAUAAUUCUUAUGCAGUCAUCAUGGGAAGACCACAUCCUAAGAAAUUUAAAUUGCGAUUUUACCGAAAACUUAUCUACCUCAAAAGUGAGCCAUAAAGGGAAAUGGUCCGAUUUGACUCUAGGAAGAGUAUUGCAAACAAGAUUGCAACACGAAUCAAGGAACUCGGCAUUGCAAAUCACCCUGUCCAACCUUUUCUCCGUUAAAUGCUUACCUUUACGGCCAUUAGUCUAAGUGAAACGAUUUCCCACAGUAGGGAGGUGAAUGUAAUGCCUAUCAUUAGACCAAUUGAAAAAAAUCCUCCAUAGGGAUUUUAGAAGGAACAUGGUUUCCCCUGUACUCAUCAGUGCUAAUGAUAGCGUUAAAAUCCCCAAUAAAACACCAUGACAAAUUGGGAAGAAUCAAGUUCAGCUUACUCCACAAACGCCUCCUGCAAAUAUAACUAGUGGACGCGUAAACUACAGAGAAACCAAGGGUUAGAUUUUGAAAAUUAAUCGUUAAAGAAACCUUCUGAUCAUCGUAGGAAAUAAUGUCAGGAUUGAAAUGAGUUUUACAAAAACACCAAAGGUUUGGCAGCGAACCAUCUCUUUGGUUGAAGGCAAAAGGCUUGAGAUCCAAGUUGUGCAGCCAAGCUUUAAGGAAUUUGAUAAAAUCCAUCCAAGGUUCAGCAAUGAACACAAAGUCUGAAUUAUUUGAACGAAUCAGCCUCUUAAGAGCAAGCCUAGAGGAGCUAUUGGCCAAGCCUUUAACAUUCCAAAAAAGGCUCUUCAUAAGGAAUUGUUGGGGACACUAGAUUUACGUCUAGUAUAAUCAGUGGAUUUGACUUUUCUGUUUCUCUUUUUCUUCUCCGAACUAAUUGGAAGUCUUUGUCUGCGAAAAAAUCAGUGUCAUCCUCAAUUCUAUCUUGCUCAGACAGAUUAGCCCAAGAAUCAAGUAGGAAAUCUGUGACCUGUUUCUUGUGCCUAUCAUCCAAUUGAGUUUCAGGAAUAAUUUCCUCCUGCUGAGUAGCAUCUAUAUAUUCACUAUUUAUUGUAUUUUCCGAUUCACGCAGUUGAGUUGCACCUUGAGGGUUCACCAGAGUGAGUCUGUUAUCAUUUACCAUCUCUUGCUGAAUAUGAUGAGAUAAAGAUUCCACCCUCUGAUCCUUAGCAAGUUGUUCCCUUGCAAGUUCGGGUGCGGGUUUCGCACUACCCAAACCCGCACCCGAAAUCGACACCCGAACCCGAACCCAAACCCAAAGGAUGUUCGGGUGGAAAAUAACACUCAGGCCCACACCCGUUGGGUUCAGAUUUUUUCACCCAAACCCGAACCAGUAAUACAAUACAU